AUUUGCGCAGCAUCAGAAUGAGAUUUGAGCUGGGGUGCUAGAGUCUUUCCAAAUGGAAUUACAAAUCCAAUGGAUAGAUUGAGACCCUAAGAUCAAAAAAUAUUGUCAAGAGGGUUCAACUGCCACCAUGGCUGAAAUGGAAGUGGCUAUCUCCCCUGCCCAGAUCGAGACACUUCACCUCAGCCCCUCGCUGUCCUCCACCUCUACAUUUUCCUGCCCUUCCUCACCUGGAUCCUCUUCUUCCUCAUCCUCCUGCUCGGACUGCUCCUCGGACUGCCCCAACCAGCACCAGUCCUCCUCCAGUCCCAGAAGCUCCAGCCCCAGUGGCUGUAGCAGCGGCAGCGAUGGCAUGCGGGGCUGCAGCCCUCCUUUGGACAUCAUAUCUGAGGACGCUAUAGAGCUGGACCUGGUCAUUGACCCUGAAGUGGCCCUGAAGGCUUGCCAGGAGGUCCUGCAGAAUGUCAAACUCCUGAAGGUUGAGGAAGAACCAGAGUUGUUGGAAAAGUGCAGCCCGCAUAGGCGGCUGCCCAAUGGAACAGUAUACUUGGAGCCUUUCGACACGGGUUCGAUUAAAGAGGAGGAAGAACAGCAUGAUCCUCUACAACAAAUAAUGCUACCAUGCCCUCUGUCACAACAGCCUUGUGACACAGGUUCCAUUAAAGAGGAGGAAGAGAGUGAUGCUCUUCGACAUAUUCCCUGUGACACAGGUUCGAUUAAAGAGGAGGAUGAAGAGGAGGAAGAAAAGCGUGAUCCUCCCCGACAAAUUAUUCCGACAUGCCCUCAGUCGCAACAACAGAAUGGCGACCAGUCCUCCGCAGCAGCCAAGCAGUCCUUGCUUUUACGGUUAUUUGAGUCUAAGCUCUUCGACGUCUCCAUGGCCAUCUCCUACCUGUACAAGUCCAAAGAGCCCGGCGUCCAGGCCUACAUUGGCAACCGCCUCUUCAGCUUCUCGGACGACGACGUGGACUUCCACCUGCCCCAGCUGCUCAACAUGUACGUCCACAUGGACGAGGAUAUGGGCGACGCCAUCCGACCCUACGUGGUGCACCGCUGCCGCCAGAGCAUUGCCUUCUCCCUGCAGACGGCAUGGCUGCUCGGCGCCUACUCCUCCGACAUGCACAUCUCUACCCAGCGCCACUCGCGCGGCACCAAGCUGCGCAAGCUAAUCCUCUCCGACGAACUAAAGCCCCACUCAGCUUCUAAAGGUGUGGCUCCAGCUGGUGCUGCAGCCGCCAGCCCUGGGCUGCGGGACGGUGCUCGGAUUCACCAGCGGCACGCUGUGGAGCCGGCUCCCGACAGCCAAAUCAUCCCCGCCAAUGCCUACCUCUCGCCUUCCAAGCGGACACACCAGCGUUCUAAGUCGGACGCCACGCAUUGCACGAGCCUGGCGACUAGCCUCAAGAGAACAGCCAGCAACCCCAAGGUGGAAAGGGGCUACGAUGAGCCGCUGCGCCUGACACCGCAGAGGGAGUUCAUCAAGUCUCUGAUGGGCAUCGGCAAGCGGCUGGCCACGCUGCCCACCAAGGAGCAGAAGACCAAGCAGCUCACCUCAGAGCUGUUAGUGCUCAAUCACAAGCUGCCCGCCCGCGUCUGGCUGCCCACUGCAGCCUUUGAUCACCACGUGGUGCGCGUGCCCCACACACAGGCCGUGGUGCUCAACUCCAAAGACAAGGCCCCGUACAUCAUCUAUGUGGAGGUGCUGGAGUGCGAGAGCUUUGAGACGUCCGCCAUUCCCGUGCGCAUUCCUGAGACGCGCAUCCGCAGCGCCCGUUCUGCGGACAACCUCCUCCCAGAGUGCGUUGGCAUCACAGCCGAGCAGCGCGCCGGUAGCUUCUCCACCGUGCCCAACUACGACAACGACGACGAGGCCUGGGCCGUGGACGACAUCGGCGAGCUGCAAGUGGAGAACCCUGGGGUCCUAUGGUUCCAGCUCCCAGAAGGCCACACCAGUAGCAGUGACAACAUCUCCCAGUUCUCUGUGGACAGCAUCACCAGCACGGAGAGCAAGGAGCCCAUCUUCAUCGCCGCCGGUGACAUCAGGCGACGUCUGUCAGAGAACCUGGCCCACACCCCCACCACGUUCCGGAAAGAUCCGGAGGACCCGUCCGCUGUGGCGCUCAAGGAGCCCUGGCAGGAGAAAGUCAGGCGGAUAAGGGAGGGCUCCCCUUACGGUCACCUGCCAAACUGGCGGCUGCUGUCGGUCAUCGUGAAGUGUGGGGACGACCUGAGGCAGGAGCUACUGGCUUUCCAGGUGCUCAGCCAGCUACAGUCCAUCUGGGAGCAGGAGCGUGUCCCCCUGUGGAUCAAGCCCUAUAAAAUCCUGGUGAUGUCAUCGGACAGCGGGAUGAUUGAGCCCGUGCUGAACGCUGUCUCUCUGCACCAGGUGAGGAAGCAGAGCCAGCUGUCUCUACUGGACUACUUCCUGCAGGAGCACGGCAGCUACACCACCGAGGCCUUCCUCACCGCCCAGCGCAACUUUGUGGAGAGCUGCGCCGGCUACAGCCUCAUCUGCUACCUGCUGCAGGUCAAAGACAGACACAAUGGCAACAUCCUCCUGGACUCUGAGGGCCACAUCAUCCACAUUGACUUUGGUUUCAUCCUGUCCAGCUCACCCAGGAACCUGGGCUUUGAGACCUCUGCUUUUAAGCUCACCAGCGAAUUUGUGGAUGUGAUGGGAGGCCUGGAUGGAGACAUGUUCAACUACUACAAGGUGCUGAUGCUCCAGGGCCUGAUAGCUGCUCGCAAACACAUGGAGAAGGUGGUCCAAAUAGUGGAGAUCAUGCAGCAAGGCUCUCACCUGCCCUGCUUCCAUGGCUCCAGCACCAUCCGCUACCUGAAGGAGCGUUUCCACAUGAGCCUGACGGAGGAGCAGUUACAGGUGCUGGUGGAGCAGAUGGUGGAUGGCUCCAUGCGCUCCAUCACCACCAAGCUUUACGACGGCUUCCAGUACUUCACCAACGGUAUCAUGUGAACAGUUCAACACCGAGACACAACUCAACCACAUGGGACAUCCACAUGGGAGAGCAAGCAAUCGUGUACACACACACAUACAGAUGGUGGCGAACAUGGGCAUAUGGACUCAAACAUGUGCUUGCCAUAGCAGCACAUCUACGAAAAUGGACUCUUGUAUAGACUAGUACUACAGGACUUGUAUAGACUAGUACUACAGGACUUGUAUAGACUAGUACUACAGGACUUGUAUAGACUAGUACUACAGGACUUGUAUAGACUAGUACUACAGGACUUGUAUAGACUAGUACUACAGGACUUGUAUAGACUAGUACUACAGGACUUGUUUGCAAACUUGAUAUGUUCUUUUUCUUAGACAGACUUCUGCCCCCCCCUCCCCUCCUUGUUUUGGCCUUGUGGAGGGGGAGACUGCACCUCCUCCCUCCUGUCCAUAGGACUUUUACCUCAUUGACUGUUAAAAAAAAGAGGCAUAACGCACAGUUCAAAUCACACACGAAAAGGAUUAAGUAUCAAUAUUGGAGGAGGUACUUCAUUGAAAAAGGGAGGGGCAAUGUGGGAGAGGGCGUGGUCUAAAUUCAGAGGAGUCAAGAAGCGUUUUCUCAGAAUGGACAACUGCAAGAGCAAAUCAGAGGUACAUAUCGAAUAUGUACUUAUUUUCCGUUGUUCUUAGAGCAAAAUGGACUUUGAGAAGCCACUAUGUAACGACAAAGAAAGCACAAGACAGGUUUUCUAAUGGACAUUUUCCCUUCUUCUCUGAAAAUUCUGUGGUCAUCAAGAAUGAGCCAGCCCAAAGAGAGGGGGGGAAAGGACUAUUAAAAACCAUGGGUGUAUGAGUGUUAUCUGUCAGGAAAACAACCUUAUUCCAAGAGUUUGAUUUGUUUUGAACAAUGUUUAAAUUUCGAACUGGAAGUUUGAACUAGGACCAACUCGUCUCUUCUUAGGGAUCCAAGCAUGCAGCGAAGCUGCUGGUUGUAUGUGUUUUUCUUCCCAUCCUUAAAAGGAGCAGUUUCAUUUCAAUCUGGGUUUCAGACAACUGGUUCUCAUCCAGUAGAGCACAUCUGUACUUAGUGUUACAGAUAGAAAUACCAUGAAUAGAAAGGAGACUGUUCUCUAUCAUCACAUGACAGUCUGUAUAUUCAACAGACUGUGUCAUGCCAACAUACAUGAUGUAGGGCUUUGCUAGUGUCACUCUUAAAACCACCAUACUUGAAGGAACGCUAGCGUUGUGCUGAGCCUCAUGCACUUGACAGUUAUGUUGAACCAAAAUGGCUACCUGUGGUUACAUAUAUAAAACAAUUGCAAUGGAUUUAUGCAAAAAAAACGAAACAUUGAUGUUCCACUAAUGUUUGUCUUUCAUCUCUAACUAAAUGUGUAUGUUAACGCAUUAUUAUUGUAUGUUAUGUUAACUAAGGCUGCAUAUUUAACGAAUGCUCAACACGUCCCUCUCUGGUUGGCUCUCAGAUGCAUUCCUGUGACUAACUCGGGCCAAUCCAGAGAGAGGGUUGUCCUUGAGCAGACUGUAAAUAAUGGGAGUGAUGAUCUCAUUGCUCUGUCUGUCUGUCUUAGUCUGUUUUUAUUUCUCCUUAUUUUGAACAGUAUGAGCUCAUUAUCACAAGUCAACUUCCUUGAUAUGUGAAUGUUUUUUUUAUAUGAUACUCUGUACUAAACCGUUUUUUUUGCUGUCUCAAACACAAACAUGUAUUCAGUAUUGAAGAGAGCUGUUUGAAAAGCUACAUGCUGGGAUAGCCUAUAACUUAUAUUACCUGCUUAUUUAUGUCUUAUGUUUGAAAGCUGUGUCGUUGGUGGGUGGCUUUUGUGUAUAGCAAAAAUGACAGAGAGAACUCCAAAAUUAGUCAUUCCUGUGAGAACCAAUGCCUUGACAUAACUUUUAUCAAUGCAACAGUUGGGACAAAGGCGUGCAGGUCAUGUACACAAAGUUUAUUUGAUCAAAAGUUUUAAACACUUCCUGCUUACUCUUCAGUAAAUACUACUUUCAUUGCCUUUCCCUUCAUUUAUUCCAACCCUAACAUUAUUCUGUAAAAUGAUGUAAAUAACUCAAGUGCAUUUUAUCUUUGCCGGUGUGGGUUCUGUCAAACCCCAGUUUGAUGUUCUCUCCCAUUUUGAACUAUGGAGAAGCAGAAUUGUGUCCUUGUCCAGUGUCACACCAGCUAAAUGCUUGUCCAUGGGUAUAUUCAGGGCAGACAUGUGUUCAGACUGCUCCAGAUAAUGUAUAGAUCACACUAUUGUUCUGAACAGAAACAUGUCUGCUCUACAUGUAAAGUUUUUUGCCCUUUUCAAGUUCUGAACAUUGUGCCCUCAAAGAGACGUGGUUUUAGACAGAAGUGGUCCACCGCUAACACCAAGCAAAGCAUUUAUUUGACUAAAUUUAACAAGUCCUUCGUCCUUGAUACUAAAGACAUUUUAGAAUGUACAGGGGAAGAAAUAUUGCCCACUUUUGUAUCAGAACGCUAACACUUACACUUUAAUCUUCCUAAUUAUAUGUUUCACUUUUCAUACACAUGGUACAGAGACGAACCUUGUAUCAUGUUGCCUAAAUGCAUGAGUCCUUCAAUAAAUUGUAACGUUUUUUUUUUUUUGUAUAUUUUCUUGGUUUUCUUAACAUGUGUUGAUAAAUUGUAGGGGGAAUUUUGGAUAUAUAAUUGAAUAAAAUGCGAGUCGUGAUUACUA